UUGAUAAAAUUUCGAAAAAAAAGCAAGCCCUUGAAUUGAAGGAAGGUGUGGAAAUUAAAGAGUUGAGGGUUUUAACUUAUUUUUAUGCAUUUGUAAUUAUUUAUGUAGCAAGUCUUCCCCCAAAUUUAAUGGUAAUUUAGUCUUCCUUUACCUUAGAUUCUGAAGUGCACUUUAAAUGGGCGAUAAUGAUGAUUAUUAUGAUGGUGACGGGAGAAUGGAUUCCUUGGGGGCGACACCUGAGGUCAUCUACAACUGGGUUGACAUAACAUCGGAUUUCUUCAAACAUAUCCAAGACCUUCAACUCGGAGAGUUGCUUCACGAUGGCCACUUAUUUGGUCUCUUUGAGGCCAUGUCGGCCAUCGAGAUGAUGGAUCCCAAAAUGGAUGCGGGCAUGCUCUGCAACCGUGGAAAUCCAAAACCACUGAAUUUUCAGCAAGCUGUAGCUGCUGGAAAACUGAAGAUAGAUGAUCUUGAGCCACCUGAGCUAAUAGGCAUCAUUGAUGCCACAAUGGCUUGCAUAGUAUCGUGGCUAGAAGGUCACUCGCUAGCACAAACUGUAUUCACAAACCUCUACCUACAUCAACCUCACUCCAUUGUAAAUAAGACCUUAAAAGCAUACUGCAUUGCUGUCUACAAACUGCUGGACUGCAUCAGAGAUUGUAUUAACAAGUAAUGACCAUGUCAGUUUAAAAACUUAUAUCCAAUGGGCUAUGGUUAUCGUCUUGGUUCGAACCCGCAGUCAGGCAAUACGUACGACGCUCGCCUCGAAGUGAGCGAGCAGAAGUGCGUACUCAUGCUCAGAGAACAGGAGGAAGAUCUCAACAAGAAGGCUAGGAGUUGUGAUGAUGAGGAUAACCUAUGGGCAGCUCUUCAAGCUCGCAUCAGAUUUACAAGGAUGUUCUUCCAAGCUCUCCUCAUGAUCACAAAGAGAGACUCCCAGUCUGGAGCAGAUUGUGUUGCUCUUCUAAAUGGCUGCUCCGAGAUGAUGAAGGUUAUUAUCAAGACCUCGGGGAAAGGAACUCAACCGGUGGAGAAUUCGGACUCUCCAAACCCAAUGGGGUUCGAGCCGAUGAUCAACCAGCGCUUGUUACCGCCGACGUUCCCGCGCUACACUCGCAUCAAACCUCGGGCCGAGGCGCUGCAUUACUUCGACGAGCUGGUGGCCAGGCUGCGGCACGCUUGGAAGAUCACGUCCUGCACCAACUUCCAUACCGCACUGGACUUCUUCAUGGAGUUCAGUAGGCAGCGUGCCUGCAUCCUGUCCCGGUCGGCACUGCAGUUGUUGUACCUCAGUCCGUCGCCUGCGAAUACAGCGUCCAUGGCCCAGAGCGCCAUGAACGGCCCCGUGGGACAGCCGCGGCCGCAGCACCCCUUCGUGGAGAUCCUGAGGGAGUCCGUCAAGAGCUUCGUCAACCCACCUGCUUUAACCCCCAAGUCGCCUAUGGUGUCUACGCCGCAAGCUCGUGAGUUCGUAGAAAACUUCCUGGCUCGUUGCGUACGUCCGUUUGCGGUGUUGCUGCAAGUCUGCGGGCACAACCGCGCGCGACAGCGGGACAAACUGGCGUUGUUGUUAGAUGAGUUCGCUGCAUUGCAGGAAGAGGCGGAGAGCGUGGACGCGGUGGUGAGUGGCGCGGCGGGGACGGGCCCGCGCGCCUGCUUCGGCACGUGGGUCCUGUACCACGUGCUGCGCGUCAUGAUCGCCUACCUACUGUCCGGCCUCGAGCUCGAGCUCUACAGCGUGCACGAGUACCAUUAUAUCUUCUGGUAUUUGUACGAGUUCCUAUACGGCUGGUUGGUGUCAGCGCUGGGUCGCGCGGAGAACCUGUCGGGCGACGGCGGGCGGCGCGACAGCCGCGACUCCCGACGUAGGAAGACCAAGAAGCGGGUGCGGCCCUACGCCAGAGAGGGACUCCUUUGUAACGUCAUGCAGAACUUGUGCGGGGGAUAUUAUAAGGCUCUAGUCGCAUUCAAGCUACAAGGCAAGAUCCGCCAGCCUCAGUCGGAGUUCGACAACGAAGCAGUUCGCUACAAGCACCGCUUCGCUCCGCUCUCAGUGCUCACCCCGCCACAGGUGCACUACCACGAGUUCUGCGAGAUGACUCAACCUCUUCAAUAUGAAAACCCUGUGAUACUGUAUCUCGGUGGCUGCAAGCACUUCCAGCAGGCGCGGUCCUUACUGGAAACCAUCACAACACCAGAUCAGGAGGUACAGGACCUACUGAAGGUAGCAAAAACAAACUUCGUAGUAUUAAAAUUAUUGGCAGGCGGCCACAAACGGGAUUCCACCGUGCCACCAGAGUUCGACUUCUCAGUACACAGACAUUUUCCUAUCAUAAAGUUAGUAUAAGCUAUCGUUAGACUUUUCAACACAAUUUUAUAUUAAUUUUUGACUCGAACAAAGCAGCUAUGGGUGUCGAGGAAGCUGUCUGUCUAGUCCCCCUUUCUCCAAAUCAGGUAUUAUCUUUAAUAAUGUACAGGUUAUAUAUUAAUUGAUCAGGUUUGUGUGUAUAUUUCCUAUUUCAUACAAUUCACAUCUAGGUUGUAAAGUAUGAAGAUUUUUACAUGCUAUAAUAGUUUAUUUAUCAGAAUUAUAAUAUAGAAGUACAUAUACAAUUGACACGAAUAAUGCAACAUUAUGUUAUUGUAAUAAAUUAAUUUGUAUUGUGUAAUUAUAUCGUGUGUAUAGACCUAAAAUCAAGAUGGUUUUUAAAUGUGCAAUAAAAAUCAUUGAAAUAUCA